AUGCUGCGUAAUUUUGCAGAAGAUGUAUUUCCAGACACUAAACCGCUUGUAAGAUCCGUGAUGGAUGGUUACAAUGUAUGCAGUUUUGCUUAUGGUCAAACUGGAUCUGGGAAAACAUAUACUAUGGUGAGCCCGGGAGGUGAAUCAACAAAGGAAUUUGGAAUCAAUCAGUUCGCUCUGAAUGAUCUAUUCCUAUUAUCUGAUGAAAGUAAGGACAUCAUGAGUUAUAAGAUCCACGUUCAAAUUGUCGAGAUAUAUAAUGACCAAAUUCGUGAUCUUCUUGCAAACGAUCCUUUGCUUACUAAAUUGGAAAUUAGAAGCUGCAUGAACGAAAAUGGUCUACCUCUGCCUGAUGCUAGCGUGCAUCCAGUAAAUUGCGCUAGAGAUGUUAUAGAUCUGAUGAAACUUGGUGACGGGAACCGUGCUGUUGGCUCUACUGCCAUGAACAACCGCAGUAGUCGCUCACACAGUGUGCUGACUGUACACGUGCAUGGUGAAGAUACAAAUGGAAACAUAAUCCAUAGUUGCCUACAUUUGGUGGAUCUUGCUAGUAGUGAACGAGUUGACAAGUCGGAAGUUACUGGCGACGGCCUUAAAGAGGCACAACAUAUUAACAAGUCUCUCUCUUGCUUGGGUGGUGUGAUCACAGCAUUGGCACAGAAGAACUCCCACAUCCCUUAUAGAAACAGCAAACUCACCUUACUCUUGCAGAACUCUUUAG